CCCGCGCCCUCCGGGAACCCGCAACGGCGGAAGUGGGGAACCGGAAGCGGCCGUUGCCAUGGAGCCCGCGGAGGAGGACUGGCUGGUGGAAUCCCUGCGCUUGUAUCAGGAUUUCUAUGCAUUUGACCUCUCAGGAGCCACUCGAGUCCUUGAAUGGAUUGAUGACAAAGGAGUCUUUGUGGCUGGCUAUGAAAGCCUGAAGAAAAAUGAGAUUCUUCAUCUGAUAUUACCCCUCCGGCUUUCUGUGAAGGAAAACCAGGGCUUAUUUCCAGAAAGAGAUUUCAAAGUGUGCCACGGAGGAUUUUCAGACAGGUCUGUCUUUGAUCUGAAGUAUGUACCAGAUACCAGCUUGUUGGUGACCAGUGGCCUUCCAGGUUGUUACCUGCAGGUGUGGCAGGUCACAGAGGACAGUGAUGUCAUUAAAGCUGUCAGUACCAUUGCUGUACACGAGAAGGAGAAGAGCCUCUGGCCUAGAGUGGCCAUUUUCUCCUCUGCGGCACCUGGAGUCCUCCACGGGGUGAGGCUCAGCAGUCUGCAGGUUGUGGAUCUGGAAUCCCAAAAGACCACGUACACUUCAGGUGUCAGCGACAGUGAAGAACUGAGUAGCCUGCAGGUCCUAGAUGCAGACACCUUUGCCUUCUGCUGCACCUCAGGCCGGCUAGGGCUUGUUGACACCCGCCAGAAGUGGGCACCACUGGAGACUCGCAGCCCCGGCCCUGAGUCCAGUGCACUGAGAUGGUGUGCAGAAGUUGGGGGCAGGGGCCAGGGCCCUGGGCCCCGCAUUGCCAGCCUUGGCUCGGAUGGGCAGCUCCAUCUCCUGGACCCCCGGGAUCUCUGCCACCCUGUGAGCUCAGUCCAGUGCCCAGUGUCCACACCUAGCCCGAACCCAGAGCUGCUGCAAGUGACUUGGGCUCCAGGCCUGGACGAUUGUUUGGCCAUUUCAGGUUUUGAUGGGACAGUCCAGGUCUAUGAUGUCUCGUCUUGGGAUGGAAUGGGGAACGGAAUAGAACCUCUCUUCACUCACAGAGGUCACAUCUUCCUAGAUGGAAAGGGCAUGGACACUGCCCCGUUGGUCACCACCCACACCUGGCACCCCUGCAAACCGAGGACUUUGUUAUCAGCAGCAAGUGAUGCCUCUCUUCACGUGUGGGACUGGGUGGACCUUCGUGCCUCCCAGUGACACCAGCAGCAUCUUUCUGUCCAGGCCUCUAGGAAGAGGAGUAGCUGCUGUGGCGGCAAGGGAACUGGUUGAUGUAGGACUCAAGUGACCACAGGUCCCUGUUACCAGCUGUGUGGCCUUAGGCUGGUCAAGCAGCCUCUCUUAGCCCCCGGUUUCCUUAUUUGUAAAAUGAGGAUAGUGACAACUACCUCUCAGGGUUGUUGGGAAGGUCAGAAGUAAUACGUAGCACAAUAAAUUAUUUGGUAACCACUGUUAGAUCUGGGAGCCCCAUUUCCCCCAAGUGUAAAAUGGCGGCUUUUUAUCCCUGUAUUCUUCACCCUGUACCAUAGUGAAAAGCAGAAGAGCUAAUGAAAGCAAACAUGUUUU